CCACCAGGUCGAAUUUCAGUUUCUGCUUUUGUAAUGUGGGGAAAGGAGCAGUGCCUACUUCUUAGCAUUAGUGCGAGGGUGAUCUGAGAUGGAGUUUUAAGUAAGGGCAGGGCAGUUCCCUGGCUGGGAUUACUUUUCCCAGGCCAGAGACCUGCCUACCUCCCAGCUCGGCACCUUCCCUCCAGGGACCUAACCUGAGCGCAGCGCCCCUGGCGGCAUAGACGGCGGGAGAAGCAAGACCCGGCCAGAGGGAAGUUAUGUUUUACCGCAAAUCAGACGGGCGGUGGGAGGGGCAGUCCAGGCCCAGAGAGCCUUCGGCAAGGGCUGGUGAGGGUUCACUCUCUAGGCCUGUCAGGGAAAUUCAGCAAGUGUGGACUCUCCACACAAUGCAUGGUGCGCACCUGGGCUCUUUUGAGGGUAAAGGGGGCGCUCUUAGUCAUAACUGGGGACUACCGAUUAAAACCAGGAAAGGGUGACGCUGGUCAAGAGCCUUCCACUUUAGCAAGGUAGCAAAGUCAAUGAGCCCCAGGAGAGAAAAGACUGCAGUAUGGGUCGCCUAGGCAAAUGGAAGAGAGAAACCCAGUGGCAGUAGCAUCCGAACCUUCGCUGUUCUGCUGCUCUGGACUCCUCACCUACCUCCAAAGUCACUUGUCCCUCAUUCCUGCCUGCUUUUCAGGUAUUUGUUCCCUGCUCCUUCGUGCUGCCAUAGCACUGUGACCACGUACCUGGCUACACGUCAGGAGCGAAGGGCAUUUUUUAUCUGUUCUGUUCUCUAUGGUGCCGCCCCAGCCUGGAACAGUGUCUGACAGAGUGUGUGUCUGCUCACGUGAGAACGACUGAGCUUCGAACAAAUCAUCAAUCGCUUUUCUGGUAUUAAUUAUCUAUUUACUGACCCAUCGCCCCCGCUGGAUUAUGACCUUCAAGGACGGUGUUGUACUUACCUAAGUAACCCCAGCACCUAGCCCAAGGCCAGGCAUAGAGUAAGGGCUCAACACCUUUUUGUUAAAUGAGUGAAUGGAAGCGGCCCACUACCUCUUAGCAGUGCUUCUUCGUCUUCUCUGUUGCUCCUCUUGUCUCCUCUGACACCAAGGAGCCACUACGGAGCAGGUUAGGUAGCACAUGGCUUCCUGCGAGCCGGACCACCAGCUCUGCCACUUUCUGGAAGCCGGUGGGUCCCUGGAUGUGGGAGAAGCCAGGAGUGUUUGCCUGUGCCUUGUGAAGGUAGGGUCAAGACGGCAAUUAGAUUGAGGAGGUUCUCCUGGGUAACUCGGACAACGGGCUGUUUAAAAAGAUGGGAGCCGGAGCUGGACAGAGAGAGCCUGAGCGUUCUUCUCACGGAGGUAAGCCUGGGUGUGAAAUGUGCUAGGGACUGGCUCCGAGGCUGGGGCUGGACUGCCCUGGGAGGGUCGGGGAAGGGGGCUGGGAAAGCCGGGAUUGCCUCCCGGUGUCCAAAUCCGGAACUGCAGCAGGGUCCAGGAGGGAGGGGCUUGUGUUCAGCAGGGCCCGCCCAGCAACCGGCUCUUCUCCCGCUGCAAGGCGUGCAGGCUCCCGCACAAGCAGAGGGCUCCCCUGGAGAGGGGAUUAGGCCUUGGCCCCGCCCUUCCUCACUCCUCACCUCCUCCCAGUGGCCGGCCGGGCGACGUUCCUGCGCGAGCAAACAUCGGCUUCUGAGAACCCGGAAGUUACGUUAUAGGCGCGCGUCCUGGGGGCGGGAGUCAGCUGAGCUCCUCGGGCGAGGUUGGGAUCACCUGAGAGUGAUCGAAGGGAGCCGAUGUUUUUUUAGGCGCGGGAGUUGGGUGCUGAAUUGAGCCCCCUUCAAGGGGGGAGGGCUCCCUGGUCUUCUCGCUCUAUAAGGCGAGAGCGAGAAGAUCCAUAGGAUUUUAAAGAGGAGGAGCCGAAUUACCAGGAUCUGUCAGAUCCAGAUCGAAGCUGAGGAGUCGCAGCUUCCCAUCUGGGGAGACGGGGAUCCCUGUGGGGAGCCCUGUUGUAAUCUCUGGGCCUGGGACGGAGGACCCAGCGGCCGGGCACCAUGGCGUCUAUCUUGGAUGAAUAUGAGGACUCCCUGUCCCGCUCGGCCGUCUUGCAGCCCGGCUGCCCCAGCGUGGGCAUCCCCCAUUCGGGGUAUGUGAAUGCCCAGCUAGAGAAGGAAGCGCCCAUCUUCUCGAAGCAGCGCAUUGACUUUACCCCUUCCGAGCGUAUCACCAGUCUUGUCGUUUCCUGCAAUCAGCUCUGCAUGAGCCUGGGCAAGGAUACACUACUUCGCAUUGACUUAGGCAAAGCAAAUGAACCCAACCACAUGGAGCUGGGGCGCAAGGAUGAUGCCAAAGUUCACAAGAUGUUCCUGGACCAUACUGGCUCUCACCUGCUGAUUGCUCUGAGCAGCACAGAGGUCCUCUACGUGAACCGUAAUGGACAGAAGGUUCGGCCCCUGGCCCGUUGGAAGGGGCAGCUGGUGGAGAGUGUGGGUUGGAACAAGGCCCUGGGCACCGAGAGCAGCACAGGCCCCAUCCUGGUCGGCACCGCCCAAGGCCAGAUCUUCGAAGCAGAGCUCUCCGCCAGUGAGGGUGGGCUUUUUGGCCCUGCCCCGGAUCUUUACUUCCGUCCACUGUACGUGCUAAAUGAAGAAGGGGGCCCAGCACCUGUGUGCUCCCUGGAGGCCGAGCGGGGCCCUGAAGGGCGGGGCUUUGUGAUCGCCACCACCAGGCAGCGCCUCUUCCAGUUCAUAGGCCGAGCAUCAGAGGGAGCUGAGGCUCAGGGCUUCUCCGGGCUCUUUGCUGCCUAUGCUGACCACCCCCCUCCAUUCCGUGAGUUCCCCAGCAGUCUGGGCUACAGCGAGUUGGCCUUCUACACCCCCAAGUUACGCUCGGCGCCCCGGGCCUUCGCCUGGAUGAUGGGGGAUGGCGUGUUGUAUGGAUCGUUGGACUGCGGGCGGCCUGACUCCCUGCUGAGCGAGGAACGGGUCUGGGAGUACCCAGAGGGGGUGGGUCCUGGCGGCAGCCCACCCCUGGCCAUCGUCCUGACCCAGUUCCACUUCCUCCUGCUGCUGGCAGACCGCGUGGAGGCGGUGUGCACGCUGACGGGCCAGGUGGUGCUGCGGGACCAUUUCCUGGAGAAGUUUGGGCCACUGAGGCACAUGGUGAAGGACUCCUCCACGGGCCACCUGUGGGCCCACACCGAGCGGGCUGUCUUCCGCUACCACGUACAGAGGGAGGCCCGGGAUGUCUGGCGCACCUACCUGGACAUGAACCGCUUCGACCUGGCCAAGGAGUAUUGUCGAGAGCGGCCUGACUGCCUGGACACAGUCCUGGCCCGGGAGGCCGACUUCUGCUUUCGCCAACGUCGUUACCUGGAGAGCGCACGCUGCUAUGCCCUGACCCAGAGCUACUUUGAAGAGAUUGCCCUCAAGUUCUUGGAGGCCCGGCAGGAGGAGGCUCUGGCCGAGUUCCUGCAGCGAAAACUGGCCAGUCUGAAGCCGGCUGAGCGCACCCAGGCCACGCUGCUUACCACCUGGCUGACGGAGCUCUACCUGAGCCGGCUUGGGGCCCUGCAGGGUGACCCCGAGGCUCUGAACCUCUACCGGGAAACCCGGGAGCGCUUCCGCGCCUUCCUCAGCAGCCCCCGCCACAAGGAGUGGCUCUUCGCCAGCCGGGCCUCCAUCCACGAGCUGCUUGCCAGCCAUGGGGACACGGAGCACAUGGUGUAUUUUGCUGUGAUCAUGCAGGACUACGAGCGCGUGGUGGCGUACCACUGCCAGCAUGAGGCCUAUGAAGAGGCACUGGCCGUGCUGGCCCGCCACCGUGACCCCCAGCUCUUCUACAAGUUCUCGCCCAUCCUCAUCCGUCAUAUCCCUCGCCAGCUGGUGGACGCUUGGAUUGAGCUGGGCAGUCGGCUGGAUGCCCGGCAGCUCAUCCCUGCCCUGGUGAACUAUAGCCAGGGUGGCGAGGCCCAGCAGGUGAGCCAGGCCAUCCGCUACAUGGAGUUCUGCGUGAAUGUUCUGGGCGAGACUGAGCAGGCCAUUCACAAUUACCUGCUGUCACUCUAUGCCCGAGGCCAGCCAGCCUCGCUGCUGGCCUACCUGGAGCAGGCCGGGACUAGCCCGCACCGGGUGCAUUACGACCUCAAGUAUGCACUGCGGCUCUGCGCUGAGCAUGGCCACCACCGCGCUUGUGUCCACGUCUAUAAGGUCCUGGAGCUGUAUGAAGAGGCUGUGGACCUGGCCCUGCAGGUGGAUGUGGACCUAGCCAAGCAGUGUGCUGACCUGCCCGAGGAAGAUGAGGAGCUGCGCAAGAAACUGUGGCUGAAGAUUGCCCGGCACGUAGUGCAGGAGGAGGAAGAUGUGCAGACAGCCAUGGCCUGCCUGGCCAGCUGCCCCCUGCUCAAGAUUGAAGACGUGCUGCCUUUCUUCCCAGACUUCGUCACCAUUGACCACUUCAAAGAAGCCAUCUGCAGCUCACUCAAGGCCUACAACUACCACAUCCAAGAGCUGCAGCAAGAGAUGGAAGAGGCCACAGCCAGUGCCCAGCGCAUCCGGCGAGAUCUGCAGGAGCUGCGGGGCCGCUACGGCACUGUGGAACCCCAGGACAAAUGUGCCACCUGCGACUUCCCCUUGCUUAACCGCCCUUUUUACCUCUUCCUCUGUGGCCACAUGUUCCACGCUGACUGCCUUCUGCAGGCCGUGCGGCCUGGCCUGCCAGCCUACAAGCAGGCCCGGCUAGAGGAGCUGCAGCGGAAGCUGGGGGCUGUUCCACCCCCCUCCAAGGGCUCUGCCCGGGCUAAGGAGGCUGAGGCAGGGGUGGCUGCCUCCGGCCCCAGCCGGGAACAGCUCAAGGCCGACCUGGACGAACUGGUGGCUGCUGAGUGUGUGUACUGUGGGGAGCUGAUGAUCCGCUCUAUUGACCGGCCCUUUAUUGACCCCCAGUGCUAUGAGGAGGAGCACCUCAGUUGGUUGUAGGCAGGCAUCAGGCGGGCCAGCCAUCGUGGGCUGUUCCUUCUUGGGAGGGCCACAGCGUCUGUGCUUGGUCUCCUGGAGACUGCUGGGCAGGGACUAUGGUGGUGGGAGUAGAUCACAGCUGUUGCCCUCAAGGUGUCAGCUCUGAGUGCAUUCUGCCAACUGCCCAUGCUCUUCCUCACGGCUGCCUUAGAGCUGAUGUUUUGCCAUGCUGUCAGCCUGCUUCCUAAUAGAGAGCCUUAGCUUGGAGAAGUCAGAAUUCUGAUGCAUUACCAUCCCCCUGCAUCUAACAGCUCUUUUUUCCCUUUUACUCCCUGCAUAUAUCCUGUUCACCUUCUGUAACACUAACUACUGUUCUUCCUUUUCACUCUGUGGCUCUUCUUCCUCAGAAAAUCCCUCUCUACUGUCUGCCCCUAGGUCCCUCUAAGUCCUGGGCAUUGGGUGGGGGGAAGGUGGCACUGCUGGUGAGAGUGCUCUUGUGCAUACCAUCUGGGGCUCCAGUGUGAAGGGUGCUCUGGGGUAGAGGGCCUCACAGAAGACAGUAUAAGAUGGUGAUGGGGAUGGAGAGCAUUAAACUGUCUGCACUGCA